CUUUAACCAACACUUCCGAGUCAGUAUCGUCGCAUAUAUACCCUGACGGCAUUCAACAUGGCAGCUAGCCAGACUAAACUUUCCGCUUUGGUGGGGUACACCGGUCUCGUCGGAAGCAACCUCCUCGAGCAGCGCACCUUCACCGACACUUACAACUCUAAGAACAUCAAGUCCCUUUGUGGCAAGUCCUAUGACGAGAUCUACUUUGCAGCCUGCCCCGCGGAAAAGUGGAAGAUCAACCAGAAUCCUCAACAAGAUCUUGCCACCCUCUCGCAGCUUCGCGAAGUUCUUUCAACCGUUCAAGCCAAAGUCUUCGUCCUUAUAUCUACCAUCGACGUAUACAACCUGGCAAAGGACGAUCAAGACGAGCAGACCGACCUCUCCACCAGCAUUCAGACUCAUCACCCCUACGGAAAGCAUCGAUAUAUGUUUGAGCAGUGGAUGGCGGAGCUUUUCCCCCAUCUCCUGAUAGUACGCCUGCCUGCUCUUCACGGGCCCCACCUGAAGAAGAACUACUUGUACGAUCUUUUGAACAAUAAUAAUCCCGAAGCUAUCAAGCGCAACAGUUGCUUUCAGUGGUAUGACCUGACAAGAUUGGAGGACGACAUCAAAACAGCUUUGGCAGUCAACUUGACAUUGGUUAACCUUUUCCCGGAGCCAAUCUGGACGCAUGACAUCUUGAGGGUUUUGGAAGAAACCCAGGCAGUGACCCCCGAGGUGCUGGGCAAGGUGCCGCAGGUGGGCGAAAGCGCUCCGGGGAUUGUAUACCGCAUCCAGACCAAGAAUGCAACCUACUUUGGGUCUACUGUGCCCAAUUACAUCUACUCCGCAUCCCAGUCGAUUGACAUGAUCCAAAAAUUUGUGAAGCAUCACAUCCUUGCCGAAAAGUUUGUCAUCUCGAACAUCGCGUGGUCAUGGACAGAUGAAGCCGAGAGCAAUUCGGUUCUUCGGUUUCUCAGCGAGUCGGGCGUUCGCCAAUUGGAGAUUGCUCCUACAAAGAUUUGGAACUCGUGGCCUGAAUGUCACAACGCCCUGGCGGACGGCCGUGCAGCCGAGUUUGGCCGCCUCUUGAAAGAGAAAGGAUUUUCAGUUCCUUCAUUUCAGGCGGUUCUCUUUGAUCGCCCUGCGUGCCUGCUCCUAGGAAACGACGAGCAGCGGACCGCCUUUCUCGAUCACAUGAAAUUCGUCAUCGAACUCUGUAGUACCAUUCAUCAGAACGCUUCCGAAAGUCAUAAGCGAACUCGCCCCGCUGCUAUCGUUGUUGGAGCUCCGAAAAACCGUCUGAGGCAGGGCAAGACUGAAGACGAGUGCCAUAAGUUGGGCGAUGAAAUCUGGUCCGCUUUAGCCAUGUACGCCGAGUCGAGAGGCGUCGUCAUCUGUCUCGAGGCGAACCCCCCUCAAUACGGUUGCGACUAUCUUUACAAUGCUGUGCAAGCCGCGGCCGCCGUCCGCAGAGUCGGGCAUCCGGGCUUUCUGCUUCACGUCGAUCUAGCUUGCAUGACUUUGGCAAAGGACGACAUAUUCUCGGUCCUUCAAGAGGCGAAAGAUAUAAUCUUCCAUGUCCACAUUAGCGAACCAUACCUGGAGGACUUCAGCAGACCCCAAUGUGACCAUGCAGCUUUUGCGACGCUUCUGAAGAGAACCAUCUGGGACCGCCCCAUCAAGUUGAGUGUCGAGAUGAAAAACGGUGAAGACAAUAUUCAGCGUGUGAAAACCGCAGUCCACCUUGUGAAAGAUAUAUACUUUGGUCUUUAAGUCCGUAGAAGACUGCAUAUCUAUUCACAUCGGUGUCGCGGAGGUAUACUGUUUUGAAACGCACUGACUGGGAGCAGUGAACACCUUCUGGGUAUCGGAGGACGGGGCACGGUUGAAUGAAACGUGGAUUUCGUAAACGCAAAAGUUGCCUAAUAACUCGAAAUCGUGGCAAAAUAGAGUGCGGGGAGCUCUUUCCACUCGCUUCACCAGAGCAGAACUAAAUCACAAUGUGCGGUCAACGGCCAAAGAUUCGAC